AUGGCUCCGGACCUGAAUUCCCUUCCUCCUUCACGAUCCUCGCCAUCUCCAGCCAUGACAAUGACGCGCCCCUCCCUUAACUCCAACCCUAACCCCGCAGAAGCUUCGACUUCAGCCUUGCAAGGCCAAAGCCCUUCUCCUUCACCUCGAUCCGGCUCAACCUCACUUCAAGCUGCGGCCGCCGUGAACGCGGGUCUGCAGCAUGAAGACUCGAGACGAUCAUCAGCGAGUUCUAACCGGAACAUACCACCCGUUAGCACCGGCAGGAGACGGUCCACGGUCCUUAUGAACUUACAACUAAACGACCCAAACCUUCCAGCUCCAGGAGAAAUGGUUAACGAUCCGCACCUACCUUCCCAUCGUACGGAUAGUCCUCAGUCUAUCGGUGGCUCGCCGAUCAUUCCCACAGGUGACCCUCAUCACCGCGCUCCAAGCCUGGGAGAGAUACAUCAAGAGUUAGAGCAAGAACAGGAGGCUCAUGUUAACCGACUUCUCCAAAUGAUCCGUGCCCAGCAGCAACAACUCCAGCAGCUUCAAGCAGCCACCGGCCAAUCCCAGAGCAUGCCUCAAGUUAUCGAUGAAUCCACCCCCACCUCAGAGCGCUCUAUGUCCUUCUCAAACAAUGCGGUUCCACUUCCACAGUCGUCCACCUCCACCCCUCGCUCCCCAUCUGCAGCUCCACACCCUCGAAGCUCUUUCGAUUUGGCGCGAUCAGACAUUGCCCACCGAAGAUCAAGGACACCUAGCCGAAAUGCAUCACCGAGCCUGAGAGCAGCAUCAAUCAGCGGGGAGGGUGGCGAGAGCCUCAGUCUGGGCGCACGCGAUGAGAGUGCUUUCUACCAAGCCGAAACCCAAAUGAUGGUCAGGGAAAACCAGAUGUUACGUCAAAGAAUAAGAGAAUUAGAACGUCAAGUUAAUGUGCUACAUGCCAAUUCUUCAAUUACUCACGAGCCGACUACGCCAUCACAUCUACUUCGUUCGACUUCUGUUUCUGAAGCUACAGUACCUGCUACAGCGCCGGAAAGUAAGGAAGAGUGA